ACACAGCUUUUUGUUAACCCGAAGCUUAGGAAAUGGCUUGCAGAGACGGCAAUCGCAGCAGUGAAUGUGUGUUUGUGCGAGAGCGUGCGGAGUCCGGGAUUUGAGCCGCCUUCGCCGGAGCCGCCGCCGGCGCCGGCGCUUGCAAGUCCUCUCGCCUUACGUAUGCGCGCGAGUCGCUUCGGCUACCAAAGCGCGGAGAUCUCGGAUUCGAAUCGGUUUUCUGUUCCUCGGAGGUUAGGACGAGGAGUGAGAGAAUGCCGCUGGUCCGAUUGGAGGUGAGGAACGAGUACGGCUUGGGAGAUCCGGAGCUGUACAAGAAGUCGUUGAGGAAGGAGGAGCCGAAGGCGAUCUUGGAUGGCAUCGCCGUGGCUGGCCUCGUAGGGAUCUUGCGGCAGUUGGGCGAUCUCGCAGAAUUUGCUGCAGAUGUUUUCCAUGACUUGCAUGAGCAAAUAACAGCUACAGCUGGAAGAAGCCGUAAAAUGAUGGCACAAGUAAGGAAUAUUGAAUCUUCAAUUCCAUCUAUCGAGAAGGUCAUUAAAGGACAAAAAAGUCACAUCCACUUUGCAUAUAUUGCAGGUUCUGACUGGCAUACUCACAUUCCACAUGGUCAAAACCUCCUACUUUCCAGUGAACUUCCUCACUUUAUGAUGGAUUCUUAUGAAGAAUGCCGUGAUCCACCACGUUUAUUUCUCCUUGACAAAUUUGAUCAUUCUGGUACUGGAGCUUGUCUAAAAAGGUAUUCAGAUCCAUCCUAUUUCAAGAGGGUAUGGGCUGCAUCACAUACUGAAGGAGCUAAAAAUGAUCUAAAAGAAAAGAAAGUUGAAAAAUUCAAGAGGAAAGGCUUUAGAGUUGCAGAAAUUCAACAGGCAAUCUACUCAGCAUGUCGUCAUAGCAAUGAAAAUAGGAAAUAUGACAGAGGUGAAAAAUUUGCAUCACUAAGCACUGAUGGCUAUAGCAUUUCUCUCGAGAAUGAAAAUAUUUCUUCACCUGAAUUGAGAUUAAACCAUGAUAUUUCAAGUGGAUCUACCUCUUUUGGUUCAAAGACCAAGGAAAGUUUUGUUGAAGAAACCUCAUAUGCAGACCCUCAAAUGAUGCCUGACGAGCUAGGCUACAGACUGCCUAAUCCUAAUUUACAUGGCAAUGACAGUGGUCUCAGGGUUUCUGCUCUACAAGAUGAGCCAAGUACAGAGGAUAGUGAUGCUGUCUCUCAACCUGGUUCACUGCAAGAACAAAGUAUGCCAAGAUCUUCUGUUACAUGGGAGGAAAAGACAGAAAUAGUUAAGCCUACAAGUCCAUCAUCAUGUAAUGACAUACUUGUUGACAGAGUUCAAGUGGUGCAGGAAGGCAUCAUAGUUGAAAGUUCAGACUGUCUCGAAUUAGAUUCUGAAUUAAUCGAUGCUCAACAUGCUAAACUUGAAGCAUUGGUUCAUGAAGACAUUGUAUUGCAUUCUGCCAAAACUCCAGAACAUUUGUCUGGUGUCAACCAUUUUGAUGAAGUCACUAGUGAGACAGACAACUAUGUUGAUGCACCCAACACAAUGGAUUAUGAAACAGAGACAGAGGUUGACUGCCACACUAAAAUGGAAAUACAGGCAAUAUCUAACACUAAUUCAUUAGGAGUGGAAUCUGAAACAGGAGAAAAUCAAAUCAUUUCUGUACAAAAUCCAGAUACCCAUGACGCUGAAGCACCUGCUUCAUUAGAUAGUGCCCAGACUCAAAAUGGGACUGGAAACUUUUUGCAUUUGAACUCUUUGAAUGGUUCAGAACCUGUGAAAUCACCUUAUGCCACGAAAGUGGUGCUAAACCAAGACUAUCUUAUUCCUAAUGCUUGUGAAAUUAAUGCUUCUGAUAUUUCAGAAAUUAAGGAUCAUCAUGAGUGUAUUGAUGGUAGUCUUUCUUCUAAAUCAGGUGCUUCUUGUGAACAGACGGUGCAACCAGAUGAAGUGGCAUCUGAACCAUCUAUACUGCAACAUUCUCUUUCGACUGAUGCAUCUUCUAUGCCUUCUGUUCAGCUUUGGACAAAUGGUGACCUAUUUGGAGUUGAGCCUUCAAAACCUCCAGAGCUUGGAGUUGUGAAUAAGGAUAAUAAGAAUUACAUAUCUAAUAAUAGAAGUUCUAAAAUUGAUUUUUCAAGUUGCACUGUGAAGUCUCAGAUGUUUGAUAAUGAACCAGGUGCAAAAUCAGAUGGAGCAUUCACAGUACUUGAUCCUGCAUCAGAAGAUUUCAGUUCUGAAAUGGAUGUGCAAUCUGAAUGUACUUUGGUUUCCUAUGUCCCACAAAACUCAGAUGGGGGUCAAUUGUCUGCAAGAAGGAAACUUUCUGUUCGAAUGUCUUCAGAUGUGGAUAUCAAGCAUCACUCACAUAUGUCUGUUCAACCUUACUUACAAAGUGAGUUGCUAAAUAAUUCUCAUGAUAGUCAUAGUAGUAGCAAUUAUUCUAGCUUAAAUAAACUUGAACUCACAAGAACCAGUGAGAUUUAUGGUGUUCCUCCAAGGGAUAGUUAUUGUAUUGGGUCGAGUGCAGGGCCAAGCCAAAGCACAAUGGGCGUCUCCUCCAGUUUUUCUGAGCUUGCACAAAAGAUUCUUUCAAAUACUAUCCAAAGAAAAGUUUUGCCUACCACAAAUUCAGAAAAUGCAAGCAUGGAAACAACAAAACCAGAGGAAAAUUCCUGUCUGAAUUAUAACAAGGAAGAACCAAAUAUUGUUGCAUCUCAAACAUUGUACAAGCAGAGUAUCAAUGAAAAGGCUACUCUUGUAUCCGAAAUGGAGCAGGCCUCUUCAACUCAGCACUACCCUGAGAAAGGUUCUCCACCACUAGAAUAUAUGAAAAUAUCUUUCCAUCCUAUAAAUGGCUUGGAAAACACCAGAUUGAAGCUGGAUUUUUCCAGUGGUAGUCUACAUGAAAAUAAUGAAGAUUUUAUCUUUCCAUCAUUUCAAUUGCUCCAAGGCCCUGUUGAAACUUUGCCAGAAGUUUGCUCCGAAUCAGAUGAUGAUACCUUCUGCAGAUCUUGUCCAUAUUCUUCUGAAGAUCUUCUUAGUCCUUGCUCAUAUUCAAACUCUGAGCAAUGGGAUCAAGAUGAAAGUAGUGAAUACUUUAAUCAUGAAUUCUAUGAAAUUUCACGAAGGUUUCAAUCCUCAUCUACAUCCAUCUCUAGACCGAUGGGAUCUGGACAAAUGGACCAUGCAGAUAUGCACAUACUGGAAGCGGACCAUGCAGAUAUGCACAUACUGGAAGCAGAAAACUUAAGUGUCAGUGUGGACAAGAGCAAACUGCCUUUCCAUUUAGGCUCCAUGAUGGAGCUUCCUGGAUUUGAUUCUGUUUUACCUUCAAUAAAACAAGAAGGUAUAUGCCAUUCUUUUCCAGAAAAUCUAGCAAAUGCAGAAGUUGUACCUAAAGAUGAAGCAUCCCCACCUCUUCCCCCUAUGCAGUGGAGGACAUCAAAGCCAUCUGUUACUUUGGAAGGUUAUGAUAAUUUUAAGAACAAUCUUGGUCACUUGGAUGGUUUACAAGCUCUAAGAAUCUCUCCCUCCCAGAAAAAGGGGCAAAAUUCACCCAUAAAUUCAUGCAUAGGACAAGCUGUUUUAGAACAUCCAAAGGAGGAAGUGGUUAUGUCAGAUAUUAGUCUAGAUCAGCAGAAGUUGAAUGAACAGCAAAGGGUAACUCAUAGUGCUAGUCAUACUGAAGUUGACAUGAGGGAAGAAUUGCUUCAACAAAUCAGAAAUAAGAAAUUUAGUCUGAGACGAACUACAACAUCAACACCAAGAGACAUUCCCCACCACCCGACAACCAAUGCUGCAAAUGGUAAUGUUAAUACAAUCUUGCAAAAGGCUAGUGCCAUUCGUCAGGCAUUUGUGAGCAGCGAUGAUGACAAUUGGAGUGAUGCUUGACAUUCCGAGUUUCCAAACCUUUCCUGCCAUUUAUUCAAGUCGAUGCCCAUACAUGUUUAGAAUAUGUGAAUAUAUAUAAUCCGCCUCUUGUUUAUUUUUAGCCUUCUAGUCGAUCAAAAUCUUCCCUAAUAUUGUAAAAUCAACUCUAUAAUUUAUUUGAUGUAAUUAUAUUUCAUUGCCCAUCACUUUGUCUAACAUCGGAGAAAAAGAGAAAUUGUCACCUUAACAGUGGCUCCAUAUUCUUUAGAAGAGGAUAAAUUAGGAAGGAUAUUUAUCAAAGUACAACAGCUAUGGUAAGAUAUUUAAUGAGAUAUUUUAUAUCCGUUGGAAAUUAA